UUCACGUCUUGAAAUAAGCAAGAGAAACAGAUUGUUUCUUAAUCUUAAUUUUAGUUUUGCGUACUGAUGGUAAUAGAAAUUCAGUUUUUUACCACCUUACUAUGUAUUACCUUCUUUGCUUUGUAUUUGGAGCGCUCCCGAUCAAAGGUUAUUCUUGUACGCCUGCUCAGGUUGUAGCCUUUGCUGGUGGGAAUAUCAUCCUCCCCUGCAGCUUGAAUAUCCCUGCCGACGAUGAUGUUCCGACAGUGGAGUGGUCCAAGAUGGUAGGACUGAAGUCAAGCAUUGUUUUUCUGUAUCGUGACGGCUGCGAGACUUUCGAGAUGAAAGACCUGGACUUCGAGUACCGGACAAGUCUCAUCAUGAGAGACGUGAAAAGCGGGAAUGUCUCAUUGAGGAUCUCAGGCGUGAAGCUAUCCGAUAAUGGGACAUAUCGGUGUUUAAUAAUACAGAAGAAUGGUACUAAAGAAGAAACGAAAGUGGAGCUGGUUGUUGCUGCAGUGUCCGAUCCAAGGCUUUCAGUGGUUUUUGCUAACAGCAGUAGAGUUACUCUGGAGUGUGCGGCCCUUUGCUGGAUGCCCGCACCACUGAUGACAAUUCUGGAUGAUGAAGGAAACAAACUCACUGAUGAGGAGCCGAAACAAGAACAAGAUGUUACAACAAGAUGUUACAACACAAAGCAAAGUGUCACUCUCCAGGAACCAACAAGGAGGGUUGUCUGCAGAGUUAAACACCCACAAUUGAACCACAUCAGGACUGCAGUGAUCCUCCUUCCAGCUCUCUGGAAGGGAUCCAGUAUAACAACCACUGGGAUUUAUGUAACACUGGCAAUUUCAGUUUUCUUUAACACAAUUUUCAUUUUGUGUUUGUGGUUAAGAAAGAAGCCAUCAAAUUCUGAUGGGGGAAAACCAUCACCGCCGAAGAACAAGUUAGACCAAACCAUGACAAGUGACUGUGGUGAAACCAAUUCCCUCCUGAACCAGCAAAGUCUGACUGACAAUAUGCAAAACUGCAUCCUUGAGGAGCUAAAUAAAGAGAGGCGUAAUCCGGCCACUAUUCAAAUACAGGACACCAGUUCUUGGAAACCCGCUGCUUGCCAGCACACCCAGCCAGGAACCAGUUAAUGCUCCACCAGAUCUUCUAUGGAUUCCUGUAGACCCCAAUGUCAAUCCUCGGACCCGAAAACUGUUGCUAGAAACUCACUUGCAGAAGACGAAACAAAACCUGCUUCUUCUGAACCUGAAAAACCUGUCCAGCUGUCCAAAAAGAAUGAUCCAAAUGCAAGACAGCAUUCCAACGUCUGCCUGCAUAUCAUUCACAAAUCACCAUAACAACAACAUAUAUUAUCCAACAGUGUCUUUGGCUUCUUCUUGGUCCAACUCUUCAAGUUCAUCCAAUAAGUGAUUCAUCGGCCCCAACAUGUUCAGAGUAGUGGCUUGUUUCAGUAGAGAUUCUGAUGUCUAACUGCAACAGUGUUCAAGAAAGAGUAGCAACAAUUUCUAGAUGAUUUCUAGAGCUGGUCACAUAUGUUGCUGUUUUAUUCAGCUUAUAAUUUCAAUUAAUCAUAAAAAGAGUGAGAUUCAAAGAUGCACAGGGAAACUGACUGGUGAUCCGAAUUGGACGAUUUUUAUUUGAGAUGCUCUGGCUAAAAUCCGUACUGUCAGCUCUGAGUUUUCAAAAAUGGAGACAGAAAAUGGUUCUGAUCUGUUUCUAUCUCUAGUAAAAGUUUUAUUCUUUAAA